CCCAAGGCGUGUAGCUGAACACAGACAAACACAGACCACAAAGAACGGAAACCACACUAAAAGUCUGAACAGGCAAUCAACAAACGCCAACAUGAGUUCAGUCACGAACCAGGACCCACAAGCCUUAGUGGCUAUAAAGAAAAGGUCCAGAGUCCCCGGGGUUAUGAUCACUCAGUUCGUUGAGAUACUGCCAGCAGGAAAAUCGACACCCGAUAUUACCCGGAAACCAAUGGCUGCGACUGUUCAAGAGGGUAAGAAAGCAUUUUUAAAAGCCAUGGUUAGUGGAGAGCCCACACCGGUUGUCACAUGGGGCCGAAAUAAAGGCGAAGUAGAUGACCCAGAAAAGUACAAGACCAGAUAUGAUGAAAGAGCUCGAGAACACAUUCUUGAGAUAAUCAAUAUAAAACCCGAAGAAGCCGACACCUACAGGUGCUUUGCCACCAAUGAGUAUGGAAAAGCUGUCUGCACUGUAACUGUCAACGUUAUUGCAGUUGGAUUCAAGAAAAAAUCCCAAGAAGCAAAUGGGCAGGCACCACAAGACUUCAGAUCAAUGUUAAAGAAGACUGUUGUUGUCACCAGAAAAAAGCAACUCCCGCCAAAGAAAGAGGGAGAAAUUGAUCCAAAACUCUGGGAACUGCUUCUCAGUGCACCAAAGAGAGACUAUGAAAAAAUAUGUUUGGAUUUCGGUGUUACUGACUUUCGUUGGAUGUUGAAGAGACUAAACCAGAUGAAAAAGGAAAGAGAAGAUGAACAGGCAAAGGUUGUAGAAAAUCUGGAUAAUGUGAAACAAAUUGAAGUGAAACCCAAUGGGAGAGCUGAAUUUGGCUUUGACAUGACACUAUGGGAUCCCAAAAGUGACAUUAACUUAUUCAAGGAUGGGACAAUUGUUCCAUACGGUGACGAUGACAAUUCAAAGCACAGCCUCAAGAAAACAGGGUCAAACUAUGUUUUCUGCAUCAAAGACCCCCAGCCAGAAGAUGCUGGAUUUUACCAGGUUGAUGUUGAUGAGGCAAAUGUUCUUUCAACUGACUUCCAAGUGCCUGCUGUGGAGUUCAUAGCCAAGAUCAAGGAUGUGAAGGCUGUUGAAAGUGAAGACUCCAUCUUUCAGUGUGUUUUGUCCACACCCCUGAACAGAAUCACUUGGUCAAGAGAGGACUCGUCACUUCAACAUGGGGACAAAUAUGAGAUCACGGUCUCAGAGGACAAACUAAUUCAUACAUUAAGAGUAAAGGAAUGUGGAAUGGCAGAUAAGGGAGCUUAUUAUGCCAUUGCUGGUAUUACUUCCAGCAGCGCCUCUCUCACAGUGGAAGCUGAUCCAAAUGGUCGUAAAGGACGUAAGGGUACCAAAACUGGUGGUGAUGAUGAUCUAUCUAAGCUAGCAUUGGAGCAGCAGGCAAAGCUUCAGAAAGAGAAAGAUGACUUGGAGGCAGCCAAACGGGCACAAGCUGUAAAGCUUCAAGAUGGUUCUGGAGAUGGUUCUGGAGAUGGUUCUGGUGGUGGUUCUGGUGAUGGGACUGGAGAUGGUUCUGGAGAUGGUUCUGGUGACGGGGAUGGCGAUGGGGCUGGUGAUGGGGCUGAUGGCGGCAUGGGUGAUGGAGAUGGCAAUGACAAGACCCUCCAGGGAGAUGGAGAUACAGAAGAUGAUGGGAGCGACAAGAAAAAGAAGAGGGCUCGAACUGGCCCUUUGGUUCCUGACACCGUCAUGGAUCGAGGGGUUCAGUUUGUCAGUGGGCUGUCAGAUACAGUUGCUGAUGUUGGUGAACGGGCUGAGCUGUCUUGCAAACUAAGCAGUGAGACCACAGAGGGACGCUGGUAUAAAAACGGGAAGUUGCUAACAAAUGAGGAUGGAGUAACGAUUAUCAAAGAUGGAGCUUGUCACAGGCUGAUAAUUGACUGCUGUAAAAAAGAGGACGCGGCUGUGUACCGCUUUGAAGCUGAAGGACGUAAAUCGGAAGCAACAGUUAAUAUUCAAGACCCACCGAAAAUUGACUCUGACGCUCUAGGGAAAUUCACAAAGCCAGUCAUUAUAAAGGCAGGUGAAAAGGCUGAAUGGAAGCUCCCAUUCUCAGGUGGGGCCCCAAUGAACAUACAGUGGUACAAGGAUGACGAUGAGCUACUGCCUGCCGUGAAUGUGAAGAUUGAAACAUCAGAUACAGAGAGCCAGCUACGUCUUACUAAAUGCCAAAGGAAAGAUAGCGGAGAAGUCAAAAUCAAGAUAAAAAAUGAAUCUGGCACCAUAGAGGCAGUUUCCAAACUUAUAGUACUGGACAAACCAACCCCCCCGCAAGGACCCGUGGACAUUAUGGAAAGUGCUGUAACAUCAGUUGAGUUCAAAUGGAAACCUCCGAAAGACAGCGGUGGAUGCCCGAUCAAUAAUUACAGCAUAGAACGCCAACAAGUGGGGAGAAAUAAGUGGACAAAUCUCGGUGAGAUCCCUGGCAACAACACAAGCCACAAAGAUUCAGAUGUGGACCCUGGAAGGAGAUACUGCUACCGGAUCAGAGCCAAAAACGCAGAAGGCUUCAGUGAUUACCUGCAGACGGAGGACAUAGCAGCUGGUGUAUUACGUUAUCCUGGAGCACCAACAGUCCCCAAAGUGGUCAGUGCCUUUAAAGACUGUAUCAACCUGACAUGGAGUCCUCCAUGCGACACUGGAGGAACCAAAAUAGUAGGAUACAACUUGGAAAAGAACAAGAAAGGCACAAAUUAUUGGAGCCUUGUAAACCAAAAGGGACCAAUUACAGACACAAAAUGUGCAGUGAAAGACGUCUUUGAGGGAGCAGCAUAUGAGUUCAGAGUGGCUGCUAUCAACUUGUCUGGCGCUGGAGAUCCCAGUAUUCCAUGUGACACUGUUAUUGCAAGGGAUCCGAUGAAACCCCCAGGAAAAGUCACAGACCUGAAAUUAACAUCCUCCAAUUACACCACAUUUUCUCUGGCCUGGACUAAACCUAAGCAGGUGCAAGGAGUACAGGAUGAAGCCCAGGGCUACUAUGUGGAGAUCAGGCCAAUUGAGUGCCUUGAAUGGACGCGCUGCAACUCCAUCCCAAUUACUCUCACUUCCUACACCGUGCUUGGCUUGAAGGCAAUGGCCACCUACUGGGUGAGAGUAAUUGCCACCAAUUAUGGAGGUGAUGGGGAACCUCUGGGCUUUGACAAUUAUAUAAUUGCCAUGCCUCCUCCUAUAAGGCCAAAGAUCAAAGACCGCAACAUGAAGACCUUUAUCGUUGUGAAAUCUGGAAACACUGUUCGUCUUAACAUCAACUUCGAGGCCUCCCCUCUGCCUGACAUUUCUUGGUUUAAGGAUAGUAUUCCAGUACCCAAACAUGUCACUAUUACCAACUCCGAUAAAGGUUCUCAACUGCUCAUUCCCACGUCUGAGCGGCCAGACUCUGGCAUCUACACCAUCACUGUCAAGAAUAUUGUUGGCCAGGAAAGCUUCAACGUUGAAAUCAGAGUUACAGAUGAUCCCAAGCCUCCAGGUCCAGUGGAGCUGGAUCAGAACAUCCCAGGAACAGUGACCCUGUGCUGGACUCCCUCACCAGAUGAGAAGAGGGAUGACAGGCUACACUACAUGGUAUCCAAACGGGACUCCUUCAAACGCACUUGGAGGACAGCGGCAGACAACCUCUUUAACAAUAAGUUCACAGUUGUCAACAUUUUGCCCGGGCGGGAGUAUAACUUCAGGGUGUUUGCUAAAAAUGACAUGGGCAUCUCGCCACCUUCUGAGUCGCCUGUGUUUGGGACCAAAAAGGAAAAAGCAAAGUUCAAAGUAAAUAUGCCAGAGAUAAAAUCCCUGGACUUCGAGUCGCCUCCGUCUUUUAUCCUUCCCCUGAAGAAGCGUACAGCUCCACAAGGUUACGAAUGCUACAUGAGUUGCGCGGUGAGGGGCGAUCCAGCUCCACGUGUGACGUGGUACCGAAACAACAUCAGCCUCAACACCAACACCAACUACCACAUCACAAAUGUAUGUGGAGUCUGCUCCAUGCUCAUACUCAGGGUGGGACCCAAAGACAACGGGGAAUACAAAGUCGUCAUAGAGAACAAACUGGGCACAGCGGAGUCCUCAAUGAUCUUGAAUGUCAGAGAGUGAAGAUCUGUAGGCGCCGGAUGGAAGUUGAACCUUCAGAUUCCUUAUUCUUACACAAAAUUUAAUAAGAAUCAGUCAUUUUAAGUUCCCCUUGAGCAUCAGUGUGACACACCAGUAUAUAAACAGUUAACAUUGUGCUGAACACAUAAAAUAACCUGUCACAUUUGUAUCGGAGCAAAUGUUGUGACUCAUUUACAACAACGUAAAAAUACAGGUUUGGUCAUUAAAUUUUAAUGCUGUUUUAAAUUGAGUAUUUUUGUGGAAAGAGACAAGAACGUUUUGUUCCUAUAAACAUCAGGAGCAGUUUCAAUUGCUGGUACCGUGUAUUAAAUUAAUAAAACACA